UUUUGUUCGGUUGUUGUUUUCGUUUUUUUUUUUUCGAACCGGGCAGCUUCCUUUUAAACACUGAGAUCGAGAGAGAAAAAACGACUGCUAUUUUGGGUGCGCGCGAUCAACAGUUCAUUCAUUCAAGAAGACAAGACAAGAAGCUGCUAAUUUCCGAAUACCAAACGUAAAAACCCCAAGCAGAACCUGGCAGUAAAAGGAAGCAACCAAAGCCGAACGUCGAAAAAAGCACGUGACAUAACUAGUGCCGGCUAUUUGAAGUCAGCAGCCGAGGAUCGUAUUUCAUCGUCAAUGCUUUUCAGUUUUGUUUCAGUUUUUGUUUCGCGAAGAGAAGUUCAAAGUUCCUGCUAACCGGUGCGGUUUUUUAUAUUAAAUAUUGCUACUUCAACGUCUGACUGACCAUGAAUGAAUAUUUCAACUGAAAAUUUCCGACCCGAUCAACGACGUCCGUCCAUCUAGCGCAGUUAUUUGUUCCUUGAACGGACCUUGGCCACCAGGACGUUCUCGGAGCAUCUGAAGGACUUGCGGUUCCUGGAAUCCAACUACAGCAACAACCACCCAACAUCCUCGUCGUCGUCGUCAUCCAGUCGUUGCCAGUGGUUUUCGAUCAAUCGGCUGCCCACAAUCAUGGCGAUCCUGUCCGGAAGCUGUUUCGUUGCACUGGUCCUGCUAGGGAUGGCAACUAUCGAAGUGGCCCCGAAGGCAACCGAAGGCAAGCUAGAGGAAGCAGCAGGAAGCAGGGCCCGGGCAGCAGCAGAAAACUUCCAGCUCAUUAUCCUGCACAACAACGAUAUGCAUGCCCGGUUUGAGCAGACCGGGGCCUACGGCAACGAUUGCCAGCCGGCCGAUGUGGCCAAUAAUCGGUGCUACGGAGGAUUCGCCCGGGUGGCCCACAAGUAAGUAACUUUCACCGGGGUUGGUGCCCCGGA